GACCCGGAUCCAUCAGCCAGCUGGUCAUUUCCUUCUCCAGUUAGAGUACCUCGCGUCAAACAAAGCCAGCCUGCCAUUGUCUACUCGGUCUUUCUAGAAUCUUGAUCCCACAACAACUUGUUACGACACAACCAGCACGAGCGCAUUCAGACCCUUUCCCCAGACUAGAUCGAGAAUAAUGCAGGCAUCGCCUCGGCUCCGUCCGAUUUCCCCUCGGUAGUCCCUCGUCCUCUUCCCCCCCACGCGACUUCAAAAUGAGGAUCGCAAUUAGAGAGCAGCUCGCGGCCCUCGUCAUCUUUGCCGUGCUCCUCUCCCUCGCCAUCGUCUCAAUCCCCGUAUGGAUCUUUGUUAACAACUUUGUCAUUGGCGUCAAGACGGAUGGCCUGGCCUUGUCCGCCUCUCUCAAGGCCUCUCGCAUCUCUUCCGAAAUCGAUCUGAUCCAGACAGCAUGCCUCACCAUCUCUACACGACUCCUGCUUCAGCAGGCCUUCGAGAACUUCUACACCAAUGAAUAUUACCGCAACCAAACUUCGGACGUCUGGAAGCAGGCUCUCGAGGAUCUGGCAAGCGCGCUUUCCACCAGCAACGUGUCGGGUCUGUUGCAAGCCAGAUUGUAUUCUCGCAAUUCUACCGGUGAUUCAAGUGGCCUUCUCAACAUUACCGGCCCAGCUGCCCUGGACGAGCCUGUCUAUCUUCCUUACAAAUCCCCAACUGGUGCCGACAUCAAACUCGGCGAUCCCGACUAUGGCUUCCCCUCCAUGCUUUACCCAAAUGUCACAUACGAGAACAAGAACCUGCCGAGCCCUUACAGAAACAACACCAGCCAAUUCUCUGCCAACAUAUUCCCUGGCGUCUCGUUGGGCAAUGGCAGCGAGGGCAACGGCAUUCUCCUGGGACCGCUUGUGGUCAACGAGUCGUACGCGCUUGUCUCCAUCACGGUCCCUGUUCGAGAGAAUCAAUCUAGCAAAUUCAUUCUUGGUUACAUGACUGUGGUCGCCAGCGCGAGACAGCUCGUCGAGGUCCAAAAGUCCAGCGAGGGCCUGGGCGAGACUGGCAUUGCUCUGUUCAUCGGCCCAGUCAACCCCUGGAACCACUUCAACUCCAAUAUGCCUGCCAGCAACCAAACCUGGAACCCGCCCCGUGAUAAGUUUGCGAGGACGAACCAGGUUCACUUCCUGUUCCCGCCCGCCCCCCAACCCGGCCAAGAAGACCGCCACAGCAACCACAGCUUCGAGUCGGGUGCUUAUGAUGCUCCCUUCGAUCUGGAAACGUACGAGGCGGUGCUGGAUCUUUUUGUGGAGAGGAGCAACCAGACCAAUAACGCCAUGAGCAAGAUCUCGACCCACAACGAGCAGGGCAAAAGGGUGGCGAUUGGUGCCGCCCGGCCACAGACCUCCCUGGUCUCCUGGGCGGUGCUUGUGGAACAGGACUAUCGAGAGGCGACGGAACCGAUCCGUACGCUGAGGAACAUACUCUUGGGGUGCGUGUUUGGUACCGCGGGGCUUGUCCUACUGCUCACCAUCCCCUGUGCCCAUCUGAGCGUCAUGCCGAUUCGCCGGUUGAAGGAGGCCACCGAGAACUCGAUUGCACCACCGGGUUACGAAGAACUGUUCGAUUCCGACUUUGAUGAGGAGAACCCUAGUUCGGGCGGCACCACAUCGGGAAGGUCCGAGAAGAGUUGGUUCAAGACGUUGAAGCGAAGGAUGCGCAAGUCAAAGAGGGCGAGAAUGAGAGCUGCCGCUGCACAGGAUGCGCAUCGCCAUGCCUUUAAGAUUCCCGCCAAGGUUGAGGAUAGAAAGCAUUUCAUUACCGACGAGUUGACUGAGCUUACGCAAACGUUCAACGAGAUGACGGAUGAGUUGUUGAAGCAGUACACUUCGUUGGACGAGAAGGUGGCCGAGCGAACGAGAGAACUCGAAAUCAGCAAGAAGGCCGCCGAAGCUGCUAACGAGAGCAAGACGCUGUUUAUCGCCAACAUUUCUCACGAGUUGAAGACACCCCUGAACGGCAUCAUGGGCAUGUGUACGGUAUUGAUGGAGGAAGACGAUGUUCUUCGCAUCAAGCAGUCGCUCAAGACGAUUUACAAGUCAGGUGACCUUCUGUUGCAUUUGCUCGAGGAUCUCCUCAGUUUCUCCAAGAACCAAAUCGGCCAACAAGUUAGCCUGGAAGAAAGAGAGUUCAGACUUGGUGAGAUAAGAUCCCAAAUGCUGGCCAUCUUUGACAAGCAGGUCCGCGAGAACAAGAUCACCUUUACCGUCAGCUUUGUCGGCACCGACCUCCUCGACGGCAGCAGCCCCGAGCGACGCACCAGCAUCGAGAAGAGACUUCCCGCACUCGGACCCCCCGGUGUCGGCCGUCUCAAGGACAUGUGUCUCUGGGGUGACCAGCACCGUAUCCUCCAAGUCAUCAUCAACCUGGUCAGUAACAGUCUGAAGUUCACUCCAGCGGGAGGCAGGGUCGAGUUGAGGAUACGCUGCGUCGGCGAGAUUGAGCAACCACAAGACGAAAGUAGGACAUCGUCCUUCUCCAAGAACUCGCACCGUCCAGGUCGGUCUCGUCAUAGGGUAGGAUCGGGAUCAAGGGACUCGCAGAGCUCAAGGGGCGCGCCGCACUCGCCAAAUCAGAACCAGAGUAGUGGUACCGCGCUGUCUAUCAACCCCAUGGAUCCCAAGUCUACGCCCCAUGUGCAGAUCAGAGAACGGUCACCAACACCUCCGCCGCCGAAUGCCAAGUCGUUCAUGUUCGAGUUUGAGGUUGAGGAUACUGGUCCGGGUAUUGCUGAGCAUAUGCAGCAAAAGAUCUUCGAGCCUUUUGUUCAGGGCGAUCUGGGUCUGAGCAAGAAGUUUGGUGGUACCGGUUUGGGUCUCAGUAUCUGCUCCCAGUUGGCCACCAUAAUGGGAGGGACGAUUGGGCUCAAGAGUACUGUUGGUGUGGGAACGACGUUUACGAUGAGGAUACCGUUGAAAUAUGUUCGGGAUCGGGCUUCGAGUACCGCCUCCAGCUCCCUAGCCUCCCGCCCGCACUCCGUCAGCUCCCUCGACGGCGAAACCAUCCGCAACCCUCUCCCCAAACAAUCCACCGUCGACAUCCACCACGGUCACUCUCACUCCCACUCCCACAGCCACAGCCACUCACACGGUCACAACCAACACCCAACCGCCCCACCAGCCGCCACCUCCGUCCUCGACACACAACCCCGUCUCGUCGGGCUCUCCCAACCCUUUUUCGCCACGACCCCCAAAUGCCCACCCCCCACAACGACCACCACCGCCUCGGGCGACGUCGACGACAAAAUGGCCGCCCUCGACCGCGCCAUGGCCGCCAAGCAACUCCAGCAAUCCCGUUCCUCCUCCUCCUCCGGCCCCGGCAAGCUCCGCGUCCUCGUAGCCGACGACAACAGCACCAACGUGGAAGUCGUCUCCCGCCUUUUGAAGUUAGAAGACGUCUACGACGUGACCAUCGCCAAAGACGGCCAAGAAGCCUACGAUCUCGUCAAAGCCAACAUGGAGCACAACCUGCAGUUUGACGUGAUUUUCAUGGACAUACAGAUGCCGAACCUGGAUGGGUUGCAAUCGACGAGACUUAUCAGAAAAAUGGGGUACAGCGCCCCGAUCGUGGCGUUGACGGCCUUUUCGGAGGAAUCAAAUGUCAAGGAGUGCAUGGAGAGCGGCAUGGACGAGUUUUUGAGUAAACCGAUUAGAAGGCCGGCGCUGAAACAGGUGCUGAAAAAGUUUGCGACGAUUUAUGAGGAGCAGGGCGAGACGGAGACGGUCCCGUCGGUUACGACGGGGAGUUUGAAGGGGGAUGCUGAGAAAGAAAAGAAAGGGGAGGGGAAGGGUGAUAAGAAAGAUAAAAAAGAAGGGAGGGAGUGGAAGGGGUUGAAGGAUGGAAAGGGCGAUGGAACGCUGGUCAAUGGAACGACGACGCCAAAGACGGCUAGCAGUACUACUGUUGCUGCGACGGCGAAUGGCUCGACGACGACGAGUGGGACUACGAUGAUGAAUGGGGCGCCGACGAGACCGAAGCCGAUGGACAUGUACUCUGAUGAACCAUCGCCGAAGAGUACGCCGAAGAGUAAUGGGGAUUAUCUCAAGGGUGGGAGGUAAUCGGCACCGGCAGAGAUCUGUGUCGACUUUACGCUGCGGCUCUUUCUAGAGAGUCUUUGUUUCAACCCCGAAUAAUUCCUU